AUGUCGAAUACCAUGGAAAAACAACGAAGAAGAAUCAAGAAUAUGCAAAUCACUACCGUCGUCCCCGACGAAAUAAUCGUGGAAAUACUGUCGAAUUUACCACCAAAAUCCCUCUUUAAGCUAAAGUCCGUUUCGAAAUCAUGGCGUUCUUUAAUCUCGAGCCCGCACUUCGUCAAGAAACACCUGAACAAGCAAUUAUUAUCGCUAAAGCUCAUGUUGACCUUUGACGAAUCCCCACCGAGGAGGCGUUACUACAUCAACUCGUGUUCUCUUGCAUCUUUGUCACAUAAUAAUAACAAUAAUCCUUACUCGAGAGUCGCAAUGUUGGAGCAUCCCAUGCUAAGUACCCCGAUUAUUGAUUCGCCGCGGUUGCGUAAACCGAUUGAAAUACACGGAUCGUGUAACGGGCUUAUACUCAUUAUAGUAGGUAGUUUUAUGUUUUUAUGGAACCCUUCGACGCGAAAGUCGAAGAAUAUUCCCCAUCCAUGCAAAAUAGGUGAUUUUCAUGACCCGAUGAAGAUAACCCUACUGUACGGACUAGGGUACGAUGAAUCCGCAGAUGAUUACAGAGUUGUCUGUUCUUACAACUCGAACCGCCACCAAAUAUUAGUGGGGCCGUACGAGACGGAGAUCUACAGUUUGAGGAGCGGUGCUUGGAAGAAGGCCGACACCAUUCAGAUGGGUUUUCAGGGAUGGGUGGAAUAUUCCGGCAGGUUUGUGGGCGGGAGGCUCCACUGGCUUGGCGGUAGGUACUACGAGAAGGAAGGUGGUAGUUACGGUUGCGAUAUCGUAUCUAUUGAUUUGGCCGAGGGGAGAUGCGAGCUAGUGGCUAUGCCGGACUGCUUGCGCCACUGUCAUCGUGUUUUUCCGGACUCGUUGAAAGUGUUGGGAGGGAACCUCGGUUUGGUUUGCUACGUCGACAACGACUGCGACAUGCAUAUAUGGGUUAUGAAAGAGUACGGCGUGAAGGAGUCGUGGGUUAGGGUUUUGACGAUUUUGCUGAACUGCGGUGUUUCGGAUAUGCUCUCUAACCGAGAGGAGAAAAGGUGGUACAUUGGGUCGUUGUUGUGGUCUCCGAAGAAGGGAGACGGUGUGUUGGCGUAUGGGCCCGGUGCGACGAAUUUUCGGCCUGUAUUCGGACCCACUUGUACUAACCUGGUCUUUUGUGAUGGCCGGGACGAUGAGUUGCGAAGGGUUGAGGUUGAUUUGGUUGAUCGAAUAGUUGAAGCCAACGUGUAUGUCGAAACCUUAGUUUCACCCUUUGGUGACGACGAAGCUGGUUAUGUCCUUUGA